GGUGGGAUGAGGAGGGGAGGUAGAGAAUGGCGAGGGAUUGGGGAAAUCAAGGGAGAGGAGGGAAGCUGGGGUGCUCGUACAAGAGGACCACUCUCAUCGUCUGCUCCAUCAACAUCGUCGUCGCGCUCUUCGUCCUCCGCUACCUCUACGCUUCCCUCUACGUCUACUCCUCCUCUGGCGACUCCCCCAAUGUUACUAAGUACACGCCUGAUCAGAUUGAGAAGAUGGAGGAGUCUAUCCGGAUACGGAGAGCGGCCAAACCGCUCCAGCUCGUAAAAAUGGUUAAAAGGCUCGAGAAGCGAAUGUCUACGGGAGGAGCAGUUCAAUUGCCGCACCCGUUGAAGCAGAAAAUCACUGAUGAGAUUUUGGAGAGAUUGAAAGGCCUUAAUGGCAAUGGGACGGCGAACGAGCAAAAAGAUGCAGUUGAAAGCUGGCGCAAGGAAAAACUACAAGAGGUCAAACAAGUGACCCUUGGAAACAGCGUCAAUUCAACUCUUCUGGCGGAGGAGGCAGGGUUGUUGCUGAAAGCCUUGGACUCUAAUUGGGAUGUUCUAUCAGAACAGAUUGGACUUUGGAUACCAACUGAAGUCAUCAACAAGGAACAUGAUGAUAAGCCCGAGGGUCAAGACGAGAUUGAGGAGGAAGUUUUACCCGGCAGACCAGUGCCUCCAGAGUGCAAUGCUGAACUCCAUACAGACUACGCUGGUGAUGCUGUUAGAUGGGGCCUUACUCAUCAUAAAGAAAGUGCGGCUGAAUGUUGUCAGGCUUGUUUGGAUCAGGCUAAGUAUGCCAAACCAGGGGAAAAGAAAUGUAACAUUUGGGUAUAUUGCCCAUCCGAAACAGGUUGUUUCUCUCCAGAUAUCUAUGAACACAAGAACCAGGAGUGCUGGCUUAAAUACGCAGAGCAACCGAAGUUGAAUUUUAAGGACAAGUAUUCUGAGGCAUAUAGGGAUGCGCAUCCAAAUGCGCCAUUGGUUGUUCCUUGGGUUUCUGGUGUUGUUAUUGUAUAACAGGGGGAUAAAUUCGUGAGGCUGUUUGAAACUGUAUAGGAGCUGCAAAUUGUUCUUGAUUCGAAAGAAGCUGGCCUUGCCGAGUUAUCAUGCGCCGUUCACUCCCUGGCAUUGUUUGUCGGACUGAAAACGCAUCUUUCAAUAUCUAUUCGUUACACCAUUUUUGUAAUCGUGAUACGAGAUUUUGUGGUCUCGGUGCCGAUCGAAUUAAGUCGGAUGGCGCCAAAGGUUGCCCGGCUCUCGUGUAUCUGACAUGCCAAGAAUAUCAUGAUAUUGGGGCAUUUGAUUUGUCAUA